GUGAACCUUUGGAGUUUGAUAUGAUGGCCCCACAUACACACAGACACACACACACACACACACACAGAGCGGUCAGAAUGACACAGGUGUGAGUGGAGGAGGGUGAUCUCUGAAAUUGCUCAGCGAGCGCCGCUAAUUAGCUUGAUUUGCUAAGCUGUCAAUCAAAGUCAAUGGAAACCAAUCAGAAAGCAGGAGGGGACGGCCUUGCCGGGAUGCAGAAGGAGGCGGGGCUAAGGGCGCUGAUACAACGGACAGGAUAUCGUCUGCAACAGGAAAACGGCCAGCGGCGCUACGGCGGACCCCCGCCCGGCUGGGACGGCCCACCCCCGGAAAGAGGAAGUGAGAUCUUUGUGGGAAAACUCCCGAGAGACCUGUUUGAAGACGAACUGGUUCCUCUGUGCGAGAAGUUCGGGAAAAUCUACGAGGUGAGGAUGAUGAUGGACUUCAACGGGAACAAUCGCGGAUACGCCUUCGUCACCUUCGCCAGCAAACAGGAAGCCAGGGCGGCCAUGAAGCAGCUCAACAACUACGAGAUCAGGAACGGCCGCCUCCUGGGCGUCUGCGCCAGCGUCGACAACUGCCGUCUGUUUGUGGGCGGGAUUCCCAAAAGCAAGAAGCGGGAGGAGAUCCUCACCGAGAUGAGGAAAGUGACAGACGGCGUGGUGGACGUCAUCGUGUAUCCCAGCGCCGCCGAUAAAUCCAAAAACCGAGGAUUCGCUUUUGUGGAGUACGAGAGCCACCGAGCUGCCGCCAUGGCUCGCCGUAAACUGCUGCCAGGCCGCAUCCAACUGUGGGGUCACGCCAUCGCGGUGGAUUGGGCGGAGCCUGAGGUGGAAGUGGACGAGGACACCAUGGCGACAGUGAAGAUCCUGUAUGUGAGGAACCUGAUGCUGCAGACCAGCGAGGAGAGCAUCGAGAAGGAGUUCAACGCCCUCAAAGCAGGCGCGGUGGAGCGAGUGAAGAAGAUCCGAGACUACGCCUUUGUCCAUUUCACACACCGCGAGGACGCCGUCAAUGCCAUGGAGGCCCUCAACGGGAAGGUUCUGGAUGGGUCGCCCAUCGAGGUGACCUUGGCCAAGCCCGUGGACAAGGACAGCUAUGUGCGCCACACGCGAGGAACGGGAGGACGAGGAAGUUCACUCCUGCAGGCCGACUACGCCGCCUACACCCUGGGCCAGGUGUACGAUCCCUCGGUGGCGUACCUCGGUGCGCCGGUUUUUUACGCCCCGCAGGCCUACACCGCUGUACCGGGUCAGUUCCGCUUCCCGGCGGCCAAAGGUCACGUUGGGGGGCGUGGUUUGAUCAGGACGCCAUCGAUUCGAGAAAUUUACAUGACUGUACCUGUAGGGGCCGCUGGGGUGCGGGGGCUGGGUGGGCGGGGCUACCUUAGCUACGCUGCGGGAGGCGGAGCCAUGUGCCGUGAAGGCGGGGCCUCCUUCAGGGCAAAAGCGGACAAGCAAGCGGAGGAGAAGCUGUACGAUCUGCUGCCCGGCAUGGAGCUGACCCCCAUCACCCCGGCCGCCAUGAGCCUGAAGGUCGGCGCCAUUAAACCGGCGCCGCAGGUUUUGGAGGAGCUCUGUCAGAAGAACAACUGGGGUCUUCCCGUGUACCAGCUGCACUCGGCCAUGGGGCCCGACCAGCGCCAGCUCUUCCUGUACAAAAUCAGCAUCCCCGCACUCGCCAACACGCCCCCCUUCACGCCCGCCAAGCUGAGCGCUGCCGUGGACGAAGCCAGGGUGCACGCGGCCGAGCACGUGCUGCACGCACUCGGCUUGCAAGCGGAGGGCGCCGCCGAGGCCGUGGCUGCGGUCACCUUCCCAGGUUACGCUCUGGCAAGCCCGGCGCCGUCGGCCGUUGCCUCCCAACUGAAGCAGGCGGUCUCUCUGGGCCAGGAUGUGGCCGCUUAUGCCGCCUACGAGGGUUACCCCGCCACCUUCGCCAUGGCGGCGCGACACAGCGACGGAUACGGCGUCUUUUAGGGCUUUUAUUUUUGAAGGUGGCCUCAAAUAAAUCCCUUUGCUUCUUUUUGGCAAGUUUACGAGGUCCUACCUUGCUGGAUGAUCUUUUAUUUUGAAGAGACAGUAUUAAAGUGUUCAAGCACUUCCAUCUUAUUUUGAUAGCAGGACAAACAAAUCUACUUCCUGUCUGCUUCUAAACCCCAACUUUGAUUGAUUAUUAAAACCAUCAACCCAA